UCUAAAAAUAAAAGGGACCACGGUACCGAUGACGACGUGUAAGGCCGCCGAAUAGUCUGCCUUGGAGAAUCACACGCAUUUACGCACGUGCGUGAAGGGCACGCACCGGCCGACGUCGCGCACACCCGCAUGGCACGCAGACGCACCAAUCAAUAUCAGACUAUACCGGGUGUACACCCCGACCGUCGUGAUCGUCACUCAGCCAGUACACUAUCAGCCACCAACCACACCUUUCGCUGCUUCAGUACCGUCAACUACGUCCCUUUAACGGAGGAAAAGCUUCGUCUGGACCACUGCAUCCGAACACGCAAACUAUCCAGUUCAUCAGCUUAUACCCAGCCUGUUGAGAAAAGUCAACGUGGGCGAAAGAAUCUAAAAGUGCAAGAGUCGACAAGAAUUUAAGGAAAAUGGAAAUAAAAGGGCGAGUUGCCCUAGUGACAGGCGCCGCAUCUGGCAUCGGCAAAGCUUAUGUCAUCGAAUUGUUGAAUCAGGGCGCCAAGGUGGCUGUAUGUGAUAUUAACACCGAAGAAGGGGAGAAAUUGGUGGAGACAUUAGCUGCGAAAUAUGGUAAAGAUCGUGUGAUCUUCUCGCAAUGUGACGUCACGGAUUAUCCGCAACUUGAAGAAUCGUUUCAGACAACGAUCGCGGAGUUUGGUCAUAUCGAUAUCGUUAUCAACAAUGCUGGUAUCAUGAAUGACCGGUUUUGGGAGCUUGAAGUAGACAUUAAUCUUAACGGAGUAAUACGCGGUACUUUGCUUGCUCAACGAUUUAUGGGCACGGAUAGGGGUGGUCAGGGUGGAGUCGUUAUUAACACCGGCAGCAACGUCAGCAUCAACCCUUAUGUCAGCGUGCCAAUUUAUUCCGCGACAAAAGCAGCUAUUGUCAGCCUUACCAGGGCUUUUGGGGAUCAAUAUCACGUAGAUUUGACGGGCGUUAAAGUGAUGGCACUUUGUCCAAGUGCCACGGACACCAAAUUAGUACGAGAUGUCAAUAGGAAGCUUCUAUUGGCUCGAUACGAAGAUGCCUGGCAAAGGGAUACAGCUUCAUCAAUUCCUCAAAGGGCGGAACACGUGGCAAAGGCAUUGGUACAAGUGUUAAACAGCGGCAAGAGCGGAAGCGUGUGGAUGGUGGAGAAGGACCAGCCACCGCACGAGAUCAGCUUCGCGAAGCACAAAGCGAUACUUUUGGUACAUUUUAUACUGACAGCAGAAUCCGCGAGACAAAACGUGGAUGUGAAAAUGGAUUUAUGUGCUAUUUCUCUCACAUUCAGGUUUCGAAUUAUUCAACGCCCGUUCCAUGUGCAGCAUCAAAUGAUUUUGUUCUCGCUGCUUCUUGCCUAUCGGCGCAAAUCCGAUCUUGUUUACCUCGAGAGUGGGUUCACAUUAUCCGUAUCUGAUAUUCUAUCACGUACGGUCGACAUCUCGAAUAUCAACAUCUGCGGCUCCUCUUCAACGAUACCUGACAGAUUCAUUUGCGGAUCAGUAUCUGACAAGAUCGAUCCGAAUCGAGAUUCACGCGAAAAUCGCGAUUUGCAUUCAUCGUCUCGAAAAGAAGAGGACGCGUCAGUAAUGGAGAUUCAGGAGAAAACCGUGCUUAUCACCGGUGGAGCCAACGGGAUCGGUUAUUGCACCGCUCGGGAAUUGCUUCGAAGUGGAGCGAAGGCCGUCGCAAUUGUAGAUUUGCCCGACUCGAAUGGCGAAACUACUGUUGCGGAAUUGAAUAAAGAAUUCGGCGCAGACCAUGCUAUUUUCCUCGUCGGAGAUGUGGUGAAUGCCGACGAAUUUACGGCUUGCUUCGACAAGGCGAUAGAAUCAUUUGGUAUAUUGGAUAUUGUUAUCAAUAGUGCCGGAAUAAUGAACGACGCGGAAUGGGAGCCGAUGGUUGAUGUUAAUUAUAAAGGGAUUGUACGCGGCACGAUAUUGGGUCUGAAUCAUAUGGGAAAGCACAAGGGCGGAAAGGGCGGCACUAUCGUUAACAUGUCAUCGAUAGUUGGCUUGCAAAGCAAUCCGAUCGCGCCGAUUUAUGCCGGGACGCAGUUCGCCAUCGUCGGUUUUACUUUAUCGUUACAGACUUUCUACGAAAAGACGGGCAUACGUGUUUUGGUAAUAUGUCCCGGUCUUACGAACACUGCCAUGGCCUCCAAGUUUAUGUCAAGCAAAGUUUAUGCGAUGGAUAUUGUCGACGACGAGAUUGCUGCCAAGGAAAUGACAACGAUGGAGAGUCAACCACCUGAACAUGUGGCGAAUGCUAUCGUGGAAUUAAUCGAAAAGGGAGAGAACGGCGCGGUCUUCGUCAGCGAAAACAAUCAACCUGCACAUGCUGUGCAAUUACCGUCUUACACCGAUCUGAAAGUUUCAGUGUAAAACUUGCAAUUUCCACGGCGGAUCAUUUUUGGUACACAAAUACUGGCAUCAUAAUUUUUCACGAUCCGUAAUAAUGAUUAAUUAUCUUGUGUAUUGGAAUUAUACAAACAAAUUUAUGCUUUUUUCAUUGCGACGUGAAGUUUUCAAUCAUUAAAAAUUAACUUGCAUUGGAUUGCAAUUUUCCUUCAGAGAUAAAAUUUAUUUAUUAGAUUUUUCUCUCUUUCUGUAUGUAUAAUUAAAAUAUAAAUUUUAACUCGUAGCUGUGAGAAGUUGAAAAAUAUAAUGAUAAUGUUUAAUCGUUUAUUUCGAUAAAUAUAAUUAUGUUUAUUGAAUAAUGUUAAGAGAAGCAUAUUGUAGAACUUUAUUUGCUCUUUCGAAAAGUUCGAACUGCAAGCAGAUUCUUAUCGCUUGCAUUUCGUCGAAACUCGAAUUAGCAGUAGAUAUAUAAUAAACAAUAUUAAAAAAUAGACUUCUGUAAUAACUAAUUAAAUAUUCAAAUAUUUAACUAAAAUAGUGUGGUAAUGACAGAUAUAAUAACAGCUAAUAAUAGGUAUAUCUAUUUUGUUAUUUCAUAAAAGUAAAUAUAAUAAAUGACGGCAACUA